AGAGGUUUCCAGAGCAGCCAAUCAGCGUCCCCGGGGCUCCCGGUUAUAACUCCUCCGCGGAAGCGCCGGGACUCAGAGGGUCCCCCGACGCCUAGGAUGCGGGUCCUGAGCCCCCCCACCCUCCUCCUGCUGCUCUCGGGGGCGCUGGUCCUGCCCCCCAGCUGGGCCGGCCCCCACUCCCUGAGGUAUUUCUACACCAUCGUGUCCCGGCCCGGCCGCGGGGAGCCCCGCUUCUUCGUCGUCGGCUACGUGGACGACACGCAGUUCGUGCGGUUCGACAGCGACGCUGCGAGUCCCAGGGCGGAGCCAGGGGCGCCGUGGAUGCAGCAGCCGUGGGUGGAGCAGGUGUACCUCGGGUAUUGGGAGGAGCAGACCCAGAUCUUCAAGGCAGCCGCACAGACUUACCGAGGGAACCUGGAGAUCCUGCGCGGCCACUACAACCAGAGCGAGGACGGGUCUCACACCUACCAGUGCAUGUUUGGCUGCGAUGUGGGACCCGACGGGCGCCUCCUCCGCGGGUACAGUCAGUGGGCCUACGACGGCGCCGACUACAUCGCCCUGAACGAGGACCUGACCUCCUGGACCUCAGCAGACCUGGCGGCUCAGAUCACCGGGCGCAAGUGGGAGGCGGAGGAUGAGGCAGAGCGUGUGAGGAGCUACCUGGAGGGCCUGUGUGUGGAGUCACUACUCAUUUACCUGGAAAAGGGGAAGGAGACCCUGCAGCGCGCAGACCCUCCAAAGGCACAUGUGACCCACCACCCAGUCUCUGCCCAUGAGGUCACCCUGAGGUGCUGGGCGCUGGGCUUCUACCCUGCAGACAUCAGCCUGACUUGGCAGCAUGAUGGGGAGGACCAGACCCAGGACAUGGAGCUGGUGGAGACCAGGCCUUCGGGAGACGGGACCUUCCAGAAGUGGGCUGCCGUGGGGGUGCCCCCUGGAGAGGAGCAGAGAUACACGUGCCAUGUGCAGCACAAGGGGCUGCCCGAGCCCCUGACCCUGAGAUGGGAACCUCCUUCUCAGACCUUCAUCUUCAUCAUUAUGGGCGUCGCUGGGGGCCUGGUUCUGCUGGGAGCCGUAGCUGGAGCUGUGAUGUGGGAGAGGAGGCGCUCAGGUUUCCUGGUCCUGCCCUGGGUCUGUACACAGGGUUCUGGAAACUUCUCUGGGGCCCAGGACUAGGGCUUCCUUUAGGAC